AUGUCCAAUACUGAGGAAUCAUCUGAUCGUCCAGUUGAUGAUCAAAAAAAACCACAUGAAAGUCAUCGUCGUUCGAAUUCAUAUGAUCGAGCUAUCUCCGGUGAAAAUCCAAAAGUACAUGAUUCAAUAGUGAAAAAUCCAUCCCCUGCAUGUGAUAGAAAAUCGCUCGAAACUAAACAAAUAGAUAAUGAUACAUAUUUAAUUAAAUGGAUUGAAUUUAAUCAUGAACAAGUACCUAUUCUUCUACAAAAUCUAAAUGGACCUUGUCCACUUCUUGCUAUAGCAAAUAUUUUACUUCUAAGACAAAGAAUUCGUCUCAAUCCUAAUGCAGGUGCAAUCAGCACAGAACGUGUUAUAGCAAUGAUUGCUGAAUAUAUACUUCAAAUUGAUACAACAAAAUAUUCCAAUGAAUAUCGUGCUAAUUAUGAGCAUAAUGUUGCAGAAACACUUGCAAUACUUCCUAAAUUUCAAACAGGAUUAGAUUUUAAUUUAAAAUUUAAUGGUGUUGAUAAAUUUGAAUAUACCAAAGAAUGUAUUGUAUUUGAUUUACUUGAUAUACAAUUAUUUCAUGGAUGGGUUAUUGAUCCACAAAAUAAUGAAUUACAAAAGAUUGUCAAUGCCAAUGGAUCAAGUUAUAAUCAAUUAGUUGAAAAAAUGAUUCAACAACGACAGUCUAAUAACGAAGAACUUAAACAAGAAAGUUAUUUAAUUGAACAAUUUCUUGAAGAAAAUCGUUCACAAUUAACGCAUUAUGGUAUACUUCAAUUAAAUGAAACCAUGCGAGAUAAUCAAUUAGCGGUUUUCUUUCGAAAUAAUCAUUUCAAUACAAUAUGGAAAAAUAAUAAACAACUACUAUUACUUGUUUCUGAUGAAGGUUUUGCCAAUCAUAAAUCAAUUGUUUUUGAAACAUUGACUGAUGUUGAUAAUGAUAAUUCAUUUACUGAUGGUUAUGGUCAAAACUGGCAAAAACCAGUACCGGUGGAUGUAUCUCGAGAUCGUGAUUUGGCGAUAGCUAUUCAUAAUGAAGAACGACGGCAAUAUCAUGAAGUGCAAACAAGACAACAACAACAACAACAACGACAGCCACAGGAACGAUAUUCUCAAGAAUAUUAUGAUGAACGACGUUCAGAAAAAACUAAAAAGAAACAUAGAAGACCAUCGCAUGACAAAGAACAUAGCAGUUCUUGUAUUUUAUCAUAG